AUGGCUUCCCUCCGGGGCACGGCUUCGACAUCCCUCCUCCUUCGACAGGCAUUCGCCGCAUCACGCUACACAGCUACACGCCGACCACUUCAGACACCAUCACGAAUACAGCCUAUAUUAAGAGAUCAAAUUCGCACAAUCUACCGACCAGCUGGCGCCGUCACCAACCCUAUCGAAACAAACAGAGUUGUUAAGCCGCAACGCUACUCUCGAAAGAUCAACGACGAAAUCGAAGCCGAUGUCAUCCAGAUCGUGGAUCAAAAUGGACAACUUGAAUCACCAACACGGAAAUCAAAUAUUCUUCUCGCGAUGCGACGCAGUGAGCAAGUUUUGGUCCAACUAGAUCCUGGAGAUUCUACUCGCGUGCCAGUGUGCAAAAUCAUGAGAAUGUCCGAUUUCCGAAACGAAGAACGAGCAAAGGAAAAGGCCGUGAGAAUGGCCAAGCAUGCGUCCAAAACAUCGACAAAACAGAUAGAGUUGAAUUGGUCGAUUGAUCCGCAUGAUCUCUCGCAUCGGUUGAAGAAGCUGUCUGGGUUUAUUGACAAGGGCCGGACGGUGGAAAUCGUGUUGACAAAAAAAAGAAACAAGCGUAUGGCUACGACGGAUGAGAUCAAGCAAUUGAUGGAUAGUCUCAGAGCUGCCAUUGAGGAGGCUAAUGCUCAUCAGACCAAGUCCAUGGAUGGAGAGAUUGGUAAAACAUUGACGAUCACCGUGGAGAAGAAGAAUUAG